CACCCUACCAUACCAACGCUUUGCGUUUCUCCACUCUCUUCAUAGCAGCAGCUGCAGUUUGAGAGAAGAUUUGGUGAACAGAAAACAUGGCAGGUGAAGAGGCUGUUAUUCCAGUGGAGGCACCCGCCCCUGCUCUUGGUGAGCCAAUGGAUAUCAUGACUGCUUUGCAGCUUGUGUUAAGAAAGUCACUGGCUCACGGUGGUCUUGUGAGGGGGCUUCACGAGGCUGCAAAAGUGAUCGAGAAACACGCUGCUUUACUUUGUGUUUUGGCAGAAGAUUGCAACCAGCCCGACUAUCAAAAAUUGGUGAAAGCACUUUGUGCUGACCACAACGUGAGCUUAAUUUCAGUUCCUGCUGCAAAGACUCUCGGCGAAUGGGCUGGUUUAUGCAAGAUAGAUUCAGAAGGGAAGGCAAGAAAGGUUGUGGGUUGCUCAUGCCUUGUUGUGAAGGAUUACGGGGAAGAAACCGAAGGUCUUCACAUCAUUCAAGAGUACGUUAAAUCGCACUAAAUUAAUUUGCAACGGAUCAAAAGUUAGUUUAUUUUAUGAUUUUAAGCUUCAUCUGUUUGGGAAAAACUGUGGUUUUACGAAAUUUUGAAUGGUUUUCAGCAGAGCAUAUCCUCUUCAAAGAUCAUUAGAUUCUAAAUAUGGAGCUUCAUCUUUUCUACU